CCUGCCAUCCGGCUGCCUGACAGCUCCCUAUCGCCAGCACCCUGAGGACCCCGUUCCCUCUGCGCCCCCACGGUGGAGCGGGUCUCUCGUUCGAGGGGAGGGACGUUCAAUCUAUCCACGCCCCCGCGCGCUCUGCCGUGCUGUCCGCGGGGGCAGCGUGUCGAAACGCCGCGGAGAGGACACCCAAGAUGGCUGCCGCGGGGACGGGCGACCGUGCACACAGCGCGAGCGAUUGCUGAGUGUGACCAGGUGGUACCCGACCCUCAGGAGCCUCAAGCUCCUUAACUCGAGCUGAGCUGGAAGUCAGAGAGAAGACGUCCCAGCCCCUUCCCUAGAACUUGCAAUCUGAUAGGGAAGAGAUAGUCUAGGACGAUGUCAGGAGAACUACCACCAAACAUCAAUAUUAAGGAGCCUCGAUGGGACCAAAGCACUUUUGUUGGACGAGCCAGUCAUUUCUUCACUGUAACUGAUCCUCGGAAUAUCUUGUUAAGCAAGAAACAACUAGAGAAUGCAAGGAAAACAAUACAUGAUUACAGACAAGGAAUUGUGCCUCCAGGUCUUACAGAAAAUGAAUUAUGGAGAGCAAAGUACAUCUAUGAUUCAGCUUUUCAUCCUGACACUGGUGAGAAGAUGAUUUUGAUAGGAAGAAUGUCAGCUCAGGUUCCGAUGAACAUGACCAUCACAGGCUGCAUGAUGACAUUUUAUAGGUCUACGCCGGCCGUGCUCUUCUGGCAGUGGAUUAACCAGUCCUUCAAUGCAAUUGUCAAUUACACCAAUAGAAGCGGAGACGCCCCUCUCACUGUAAAUGAAUUGGGUACAGCCUACGUUUCUGCGACAACUGGUGCUGUAGCAACAGCUCUAGGACUUAAUGCACUAACUAAGCACGUCUCACCCCUGAUAGGGCGUUUUGUCCCCUUUGCUGCCGUAGCUGCUGCUAAUUGCAUUAAUAUUCCAUUAAUGAGGCAAAGGGAACUCAAAGUUGGCAUUCCUGUCACCGAUGAAAAUGGGAACCGCUUGGGUGAAUCAGCAAAUGCUGCAAAACAAGCCAUCACGCAAGUCGUCAUCUCCAGGGUUCUCAUGGCAGCCCCCGGCAUGGCAAUCCCUCCAUUUAUCAUGAACACUUUGGAGAAGAAAGCCUUCUUAAAGAGGUUCCCCUGGAUGAGUGCGCCUGUGCAAGUUGGAUUGGUUGGCUUCUGUUUGGUGUUUGCUACACCUCUCUGCUGUGCUCUGUUCCCUCAGAAAAGUUCCAUGUCUGUGACAAGUUUGGAGGCUGACCUGCAAGCCAAGAUCCGAGAGACCCAUCCUGAAUUACGACGCGUGUACUUUAACAAGGGAUUGUAA